CUUCACCAAUGGCUUCCUCUUUCGCUCUCUCGCGCCUUCUUCGUGCUUACACUUCAAUUGCUGCGACUUUGCUUCUUCUUCUUCUCCCUACACUCCUCCACAUCCAAGCUAAAGGUGGAUCCAUCGGAGUCAAUUAUGGAACGUUGGCUGACAAUCUCCCUCUGCCGUCUAAGGUUGCGGAAUUCCUCUUGGAUUCCACCAUUAUCGACCGCAUCAGACUGUUCGAUGCCAAUCCGGACAUCUUAAGAGCUUUCGCUCAUACACGCAUCUCAGUAACCAUCACAGUCCCCAAUGAUCAAAUCCCCCGCUUAGUAAAGCCAAAUUUCGCAGAAGAAUGGAUCAAAUUCAACGUCCAACCCUACGUACCUGCCACUGACAUCAUACGCAUUCUAGUCGGCAACGAAGUCUUGUCCACCGCCAACAAAAUGCUCAUCGCGAAUCUCGUCCCGGCGAUGCAGAGCCUCCACACAGCCCUCUCCGAAGCCUCAUUGAGCCGCCGGAUUCAAGUCUCGACGCCACAUUCACUCGGAAUCUUGUCGAACUCAAGCCCGCCGUCCACUGCAAGAUUCCGGCAAGGCUACGACACGCACGUAAUAAAGCCGAUGCUGAGCUUCCUGAGAGAAACAAACUCGCCGCUAAUGGUGAAUCCAUACCCAUUCUUCGGCACCACCGCCGAAACCCUAGAUUACGCUCUCUUCCGGCCAAACCCUGGCGUGUACGAUUCAGAUUCAGGGAUUUUAUACACCAACAUGUUGGACGCUCAAUUGGACGCUGUUUAUUCCGCCAUGAAAAGCUUGGGCUUUGCGGAUCUGGAUAUUGUUAUUGCCGAAACGGGCUGGCCCUCUAAGGGUGACCCGGCCCAAAUUGGCGUUGGCCCAAAAGAAGCCGCCGAUUACAACGGGAAUCUCUUACGACAUGUCGUAUCAGGGGUGGGCACGCCGCUAAUGCCGAACCGGACCUUCGAGACGUACAUUUUCGCUCUGUUUAACGAAAAUCUGAAGCCCGGUCCAGUCGGUGAGAGAAACUUUGGUCUUUUUGAACCGGAUCUGAGUCCGGUUUAUGAGAUUGGGAUUCUCCGGCCCACGGCCCAGUCGUCUACACCGAGAGCCCAUCACGGCCCAGAACCCACACCAAAAGGCCCAAGCCCAAGCCCAAGCCCAGUGGCUGAUGGUAAAACAUGGUGCCUGCCCAAAACCGAGGCCGACUCCGAGGCCUUGCAAAGAAACAUCGAUUACGUUUGUGGGCUGGGCUUGGAUUGUGGGCCGAUUCAAGAAAAUGGGCCGUGUUUUCUUCCCAAUACGGUCCGAGCCCAUGCUGCUUACGUCAUGAACGCGUACUUUCAAGCAACAGACGGGAACGAUUCAGAUUGCGAUUUUCAACAAACGGGCGAUCUAACCACGGUGGAUCCAAGUUAUGGGAAGUGCAAAUAUUGGUAAAAUGGGAGAUAUGGAAAGAAGGCAAUCCCCUUUAUUGCAAUUUUCUUAAAUAUAAAUAUAUAUUAUUUA